AUGCGUGAAACAAGCUGGUUGGUUCUGAUCUUUGGUACCGGUCUCGUUACUUCCAACCUCAUCCCGCCUGACGAACGCUGCGUCACCGCCAUUUAUAACGCAUAUGACUAUAUUUCCUUUGCCGGAAGUCCGUCGGUUGGGUUCUGGGACACGCGCUGCUUGAAUCCCCUGAAAGUCACAUCGACAUAUGCUUCUGCAGAGGUGCACUGCUCCUCGUCAGAGCAGGCCGCGGGCCUGUCACAGUUAGCUACGCUAUGUCGCCAGGUCGCACAUCUAGACUUGAUCUCUCGCGACAAACUUGCCACCAAUCUUACCGGUGAUCGGAUCCAACGAAUGAGAGUAGUGAAUUAUCAGGAGAUUCCUAGACAUCUACGGCUCGACGCUCCUGUCAUACUCUCUCCUUCGUAUUACAGUCGCACUUUCCAAACUAUUGACGCUUGGCAAUUUGAAACAUGGACACACUAUGCGUACGGCCUCGCUGGCUACGGUUUCUGGGCCGGCAUUCUAGCAGUUGGGGUUGUUCAUCGUUGUGCUCAGCAAUUCCUCCUCUCGCGGCGCGCUUCUACAGGCCAUCAACAACAUCCCCUGGUCCGUGGCUUAGGUUAUCCAUUCCGCGAAAUGUACAAUUGGAUCAACACCCACCUCGUCGUCGCUAGUCCCUUGCCAUCCCAUGGUCGACACAUUCUCUGGUGGGCAUUUCCUACACGCAUCGAAGCCCUAGUCACUUUUGCAUUCUGGACAAUCAGUACUGUCCUAUGCAUGGUGGGUUAUAGGACUUUCUUGGGCAACAUCUAUUGGCCCGAUAUUUCUGCCCAGCUCUUGCGUUACGCGGCGGAUCGCACAGGCAUUCUCUCAUUUGCAAAUCUUCCAUUGCUGUGGAUAUUUGCUGGCCGGAACAACAUAUUUCUCUGGGCAACCGGCUGGAGCUUCGCCACAUUCAAUAUAUUUCAUCGGCAUGUAGCUUGGAUAGCCACGACUCAGGCGUUUAUUCACACCAUCCUAUAUUUGAUUCUAUUUAUUCAAAAUGGAAACGCCUGGAAAAAGAUGCAAAAGCCAUAUCUAUUCUGGGGUACUAUAGCAAUGGCGGCCAUGAUACUGGUUCUCCCUUCGGCCGUGGAUUGGUUUAGGCGUCGAAAUUACGAGACCUUCCUUCUGCUUCAUAUUGCUUUCUCGGUGGCAACGGUCAUCGGUUGUUUCUACCAUACGGUCAUCUUUGAGGGCCAUGAAUAUUGGCUCUAUCUCUGGCCCGUUGUUGGAGUCUGGGCCCUUGAUCGAUCUUUCCGCUUAAUUCGUCUGAUAUAUUGCAAUAUUUAUGUUCGAGCUCAUGCCGGAAAAGGACUUCAAUAUACCCGCAGUUUAGCAACCUACGAUGAAAGUUCCGACGUGAUUCGACUAGAGGUGAUACCUGGAUCCUCGCUACUGCGCCCAACCGCUGGACAAUACUAUUAUCUAUACCAGCCGUUUCGGCUAACAGGGUGGGAAAGCCACCCUUUUACCCUGGGUGCCUGGUCAUUUGAAACGGGGACUCGGACACCUUCAUUGCUACGGUCGGAAGCUCCGAAACGCGAUCAGACAGUAGACACCUCUCAAAUCCCCCUACUUGCCGAUUCUUGUGCGACCGAUAAUUCCUUCGAUGAGGUCUCGCGACCAAGCAGUCGGCUUAAGCUCGUAUUCUGGAUCCGACCUUUUGAUGGUUGGACACGCUCUCUUCGAGAACAAUGCAAGGGAUGUCCAGAUCGGAUCUUGGAUACAACUAUUCUCAUGGAGGGCCCCUACGGUGAAGAGUUCCCAGCGUGGAACUAUGAGUCAAUCCUGUUUGUGGCUGGAGGAACGGGAAUUGCAGCAAUUGUUCCUUACAUCCAAGACUACCUUGCCCGAUCUGCCACCGCGGACGGCAGUACAACGCAAGUCCAAGAUAUGCAGCUUGUCUGGACGACGCGACAAGCAGCCUUUGUUCGACAACUUGCGACCGGGGAGCUGAGUCCGGCUCUCGCCCGCAGCGAUUUUCAUGCUUCCUUCUACGUAACAUCGCCGGGAGAAAACUACAUUGAGGAGGAUUCCCAUCCUACUACACAUAAUGAGGUUUUCGAUAAAGAUUUUGAGAUCAACAUAGGAAGACCUGACCUUCAAUCCUGCAUCAUAUCCCAUGCACACGACGCUCAGCUCCAUGGUUGUUCAGCGCUUGUCUUGGUAUGCGGGCCAUCCGCCAUGGCCGAUCAGGCUCGAGAUGCGGUGUAUCGUGCAAAGCGCCAGGGCUACCAAGGUAUUCGCUACGCCGAAGAAUCUUUCACCUGGUGA